GGCCAUAAGCGCGGCGUGUGGCGACGCAGCUUGCCGAGGAGGGAGGCCGGCGCGGCCCCGCAGGCUCUUUCUCAGGCACUGAAUGGCUUUUCCACUGGUGGCUCCUGAGGUGGCAGCUACUGAGUUUUCUCCUGGUUUCCAGCUGAAACACCAGAAGAAGAACUUUCAGCAUGGAUUCAUACUUGACAAAGAAGAAAGUUUAAAAGAUCUCUAUGCACAAAAGAACCAAAGAUUUUCCUAUUCUAAGUCUGCAGAAAGCACUCAGGAUAGGCCCGGGCAUGGAAGCUUCUGGUCAGGUGGACUAGAGAGCAAGUAUCUCAUCAGCCAGGCCUGUACUCUGUCAGCAAAAUCAUUAGGCAGACAUAAAGAAGGAGUGGACCGUGCAUAUCCCCUGCAACCAAUUUCUCACCACAAGAGUGCAAGAGCUCCACUGCUCAACACUGGAAGUUCCCCAUAUGUGCAGGAAGCUACAAAUAGCGGAUCAGGCUCAAUAAGCAAAGGGAUGGUUCCAGCAGGGAGCUCUCAGUUAGCUGCAGUGCUCUGCCCUUGGACAGGGGAGCUUGAACCAUCAGUUCCCCAUCUGUACAGAAGAGAGCUGGCCAACAUCCUAAAGCUGGAGGUAGAUAGAAGGAACCUAGAAGAGGCAAUUCAAAAGAAAAAGGCUCUUCUUCGAGAGAAGCUAAAGAGGACAGAGGAGACGCUUAGGAGGAUUCAAAGAGAGAAGGAGCUUAUCAAGGUAGAGGAGAGAAGAGAAAGUAAAGUGGAAAGGACCAGUGAGCAAAAGGCCGCAAGGCACCCUGAACAGAAAACUUUCAGAGCUGCAGACAAACCGGAUGUUGGGAUCUUCAGUGGGGCACAGUCUGCAGAGGACACUAUACCAAAGCCUGGCACCACUCUCCACCCUCAAGAGCUGGCUGUGGGGAAACUCAAGGAGUGGCUGGUGGCCACAAAAUAUGAUAAAACAGACAACAGCAAAAUACAAGACAACAUACCCAUGGAGCAUUUAGCUUCUUGUUCAAAACUGGCCCCAAAACAUAGCCUUUCUCUCUCUGCCCUCUCAGACCAAAAUGCUGAUGACCACCCAUCUGCAGAGAUGCUGUACAUGCAGGCCACCAGUGCUGUGGAGCAGGAGGGGUUUGGACAGUGCAGCUUCUGCAAACGUAAGUUUCUCUGCACGAGGCUUGAGAAACACAUGAGUAUCUGUGGCAAGAACCAAGACUCCAAGAGGAAAGUGUUUGACUCCAGCAAGGCCAGAGCUAGGGGAACAGAACUGGAACAGUAUCAGCAGAGGAAGAGCUCAAGGAGUCCUCAGAGUAAAACACCACCCAGAAAGAACAACUGGAAACAGAAGCACGAGGCUCUCAUCCACAUCUUGUCGCAGGCCCGCCAGGUGCAGCAAAUCCUCGCUAAGGGGAGGAAGGUGUCUGACCUGCCCCCAUUGCCUCCCAUCGAAAAUCCAGACUAUGUUGCCUGCACCUACUGCGGGCGCAAGUUUGCUCCCCGAGUAGCUGAGAGGCAUAUUCCCAAAUGCAAAAACAUAAAGAAUAGGCCCCCACCUCCACCACAGAGGAGGCGCUGAUCAGGCGGUGCCCAACUGUACCUGCUGUGUGAUUCCCUGCCUGGCUUUUGCCAGAUUCUCAGCUAUAGACAUUUGUUUUCUGUAGUCUUAACACUGGCUGCAAGCUGCUAUGUACAGCAAGUGAACACCUCAGGAUGAAUAAGCUGAAUAACAGAAUUUGCAUACUUUAACCUUCACUCUAGGUUGCCCUACAAAAGAUGCCUCUUUCCUCAGCACAAGAAGCUCAGCAUCAGAAAUUCCAGGGGUUAGAAAAUCCAGUAAGAGCAGGCGCUUGCUGUUUGAAUCCUUAUAUCAAUGAAUGUGCAUAGAACAACAGGGAUACUCUGAAUUAGCCAGGCCCUUGAGGCAACAGAACAACCAACCAUCACAAUCAGAUUUAAUAUUUUUUUUAAAUUGAGUUUUCCUGCAGGACAAGUUGCUAGGAACCUCUAAAAACCAAAGCUUGCACCCUACCCUUCCUUAAGUCAUCAGUUUAUAUUCAUCUUGGUUGCUUCAAUGGUAGGGAAUUAUGACAAAAACAUAUCCCUUCUUUUGUUCUCAAGAUGUUAUUUUUCUAGAUCCUGAUUAUUAAAUAUAUUAAACUAGUUCUCUUGUGUAAAAGUUAUUUUAAAUAGUCACAGAGCGGUCUGUGUUCUUACAGUAAGAAUGACUACUUUGUAUGAGAAAGUUGCAACAAGCAACGAACAAGGAAUAAAAAAACUCCAGAAGCUCCUUUUGCAAGUCCUCGGUAGCAAUAGCAGCAGCUCAUGGGAACCUAGGAAAAGACCUAAAGCAACUAGGUUAAGCUGGAAUAGUCAGAAGCUGAAUAAGACGAAAUAUUCCAGCCUUCAGUGAGUGAACCUGACUCCUGAAAGAGGUUGGAAAACUUCUGUCCUAUAGAUACGUGAGCAGAAAUCUCAAUCCCUUGGCACACCCUGGAAAAGCAUGAAGGUCCCAGAAAGGAUCAUUGCUGCACUGUGCUAGCCAACAAUGUAUGUACAAAUCUGAGAGAAAAAGCAAACUCAAAAGAAGGGAAAAUAAUUUACUGUAUCCAAACUGAUCAGAAAAGCAAGACCAAUGCUUUAACUUCAGAGUUUUCAAGAACAGGAUAGCAAGACGUGACAAGAAGUAGGAAAGGGGUAAACUGAAACCUUUAUGCCAGCCUCCUUGAAUUCAUAAAAGGUGUAAGUGAUUUGAACACAUUAGUUUAACAAUUCAGUACCACUGCUUGUCUUCUAAUAUCAACUCUGUUUCCACUGCACUAUGUUUUAUUGACUGUAUUUAGUGGACCCUCAAGGUCAGCAGUGUAAAUGGUGGUAUGUGGAUACACACAGAAAAGUGUUUGAUGCUAUAAAGUAAACCCAUGUGU